UGGAUGAGAACGUAUAUGGUAAUACCCAACACUAUAUUUUUAGCAGAACACGAGGAGAGCGACGUUUUUGAGAAAAGCGAACGGAUGAGCGGAAUAGAAAGUGAAACCAAAUAAGGACGAAAGGCGUGUCUACUUGUGCCGGUCUACUGGGUGCGGAGGAUGCCGAGUAAGUCACGCUCAUGUUCGGUCCCUGAACUUAAGGAGGCCGGCAAUGAGCUCUUCAGAAGUGGUCAAUACGGGGAAGCGGCCGCACGUUAUACACAGGCCAUCGCACAGCUCUCCGCCGGUAAGAGCAACCCAGAGGAGCUUGGCAUCUUGUAUUCAAAUCGUGCAGCAUGCUACCUGAAAAAUGGCAACUGUAGCGAGUGUAUCAAAGAUUGCACAGCGUCUUUGGAAUUGAUACCCUUUGGGAUUAAACCACUGUUGAGGAGGGCUGCAGCCUAUGAAGCUUUAGAGAGGUAUCAUCUGGCAUAUGUUGACUACAAAACUGCCUUGCAGGUGGACAUCGGUGUACAAGCAGCUCAUGAUGGCAUAAAUAGAAUGACAAAAGCCUUAACUGAAAAAGAUGGGCUGAACUGGCGUAAUAAACUCCCUGCGAUUCCUACUGUACCUCUCUCAGUCAGAGAAAAACUGAAUGAAGGCAAAGUUAAAGGGGACAAAAUCACACGCACACAACAAAACCAUGCUCCACCAGGUGAGGGAAAAGCUUCCAGCACUGAUGUAAUAAAACGGGCCUUAUCUUUGAAGGAAGAAGGCAAUGCAUUUGUGAAGAAAGGUGAUCAUAAAUCUGCUGUGGAAAAAUAUACCGAAAGUCUGAAAAUGAACCCAAAAGAAGCCACAACAUUAACCAACAGGGCUCUUUGUUACCUUUCACUGAAAAUGUAUGCGGAGGCUAAAAGGGACUGCAGUGAGGCACUGAGACUGGACUACAAUAAUAUUAAAGCUCUGUACAGACGUGCUCAGGCUCAAAAGGAGUUAAAGGAUUAUUCAGCUUGUGUUGCUGAUCUGAAAGCAUUACUGAAGAUCGACCCAAAGAAUACAGCGGUCCAGAAGUUACUGCAGGAAGUACAAAAAAUUAAAAAGUGACAUACGAGUUACAGCAUAAAUGCUUUGCAAAGCAACUGACUCUUGUGAGAUAUUACUAUAAUAGGCUGAAAACCAGUUUUACUUAUCAGCCAUGGAACACUUAAAGUGGAUAAUUUCUUUUCCCAGUAUUUUCUUUAGCUUUUUUUGCAGUUUGUUGAAGUAAUUUUUUUUGCUCUCCACUUUUUCCUUUUAACUGUUAGCGUGUCAGAUUAUUUUGAAAGACCGGAAUAAAUAAAAUUCAAGUAGUCCUAACAAUGUGUACCUGUUACCAGAAUUAAAGAUCUUCAGAAAUUUAUUCCUCAAUCCUACUUCCAUAAAAACAUUGGAUGAAAGAGCAAGGACAAUGCCUGUAAUACCAUAAACACAUGGAUGUACAUGUAGUUGAUAAAAACCAUGGUGAUAUGAAUACAAAAUUUGAAGCAACAACCAAGGUAAGGUAAUUGUAUCUUUACAAAAUUUCUUAGCAACCACCUACUGUAGCUACUCAAAGCUACAAGUUACACAUUGGACAUUUUACAACUGGAUGCAAAAGAUUGGGGUAGUUAUAACUGAACCAAAAGCCACUUUUAAGAUGGCUGGAAUAAAUUGUUUUUGACAGUAGCCCCACAGACAGACAUUUUAUUGAAUUUUUUUAAAUUAAUUUUAUUGUAUUAAAGUGGCAAGUUCAACUUAGAGUCUCAAACUCACUGUACAUAAUGGUCUCCCUUUCAGAUAAUUACACAAAGCCAAAUGACCAUGUCCAGUGCAAUUUUUUUUUUUCUAAAAGUAAAAUCUGACAAUUUUCACAAAUUGAUAUAUAAAAGCAAGUGGUGAUCUUGCAGCAGUUGAUAAUGUAACUAAUCUUUUAUUCAUCCGAUACACAAAACACAGUCCUCGGCUAUGCAUCUUUAACAAAAGGAAAUGAAUAAAGAUGGUUGCCGCUUGUCAAAAGCAAAGUGCUAUAAGUUGACUUGAAGGCCAAAACCUGUCUCCAGUUAUAAAGUACCCACCUUAAAGAUGCAACUGUCCUUGUAAAAAUUAAGUGCAACUGCAAGAAUGUAUUAUGAACAUAUUAAUGUAGCAUUUUACUGUAUGCAAAUGUAAGUUAUAAAUUCCCCCAAUAACACUCCUGUAAGUUUGAUGUUUUGGCACAUGCCAUCACAGAAAUUUUUAUGAAAUAUGCAUUUAAAUGCAUUGAACACAAUGUGCCAGUUCAGAAUAUAUGCUAAGCACAUGCCUUAAUAAUUAGAAAUAAAAUUUGGGCACGGCGUUAACAUAUAACAUGAGUACUUUAUACAAAAAUAUCUUGGCUCCUUAAAUGUGGAAUUAACAAAAACGUUUAUAUGUUAAAUGUAAUUAAGACUUAAUGACAUUAUGCUACAAGGCCUGAAAAAUAAUCAGGUUUGACACAGACGGCAAAAAGGGCAGCAUUUUAGAGGUCUUAAAGUACACCCCACCAUUUUGGUAUUUCAGCCUACAGUGCAGAGGUAGUUAAAACUAUUGCUUGAUGAUAUAUGUCAAAAUGACAGCGAUUGCUUUUACAGAUCAAUUCAGGUAAGGUUUCACAAAUUACUCAAAAGCUGUGGAAGAGUUCUGCUUGUGAAGACAGGACAUAUCACUGGGAAGUUAUCACUUUAGCUUCAAAUUUCAGAUGCAGUGAAAGCUGUAUUUUAGCAAACUCAUCUGUCUAAAAGUUAAGAUUUUUGGAUUAAGUGUCAUAUGCCCUGCCAUUUUACAGGCACAACUCAUGUAUCAUAUGGACAUGUCCACAGUGAUGGGUAAUUUUGACUAGUAUACCUCAAUAUUCCAAUUUUUAAGCCAGAGAUCCAGGUCACUGUGACAAAAGGCACCCACUUAGUUGCAAAAUGAUUUUAUAGGUCUAGAACUUUACAUUUUUAGCCAAUAGUUUCUGCAGUCAAGGCAGUUAUCCCAUUUUAUACUGUGAAUUGCUUUUCAGCAAAUCCUUGUUUGAAAUGUGGUUGUACAGAACUUUGGAAAAUUAAAGUCUUUGGUUGAAUCUGUAUACUUCAAAUAAACUCCUUUGCUACCUACAUUGUUGCACUGAAAUAUCAAUGGAUGGAAGGCAGUAUAAAUACCUGAAUUCUUUAAUAAUGAAGAGACACAAUGUAUGCAAGUAAUCUAGCCUACCAUCCCCGACAAACCAGGUGCUUAAAUUGUUGUUACAUUCAAUUUUAACAAUGCUAAUAAACCCUAUAAAAGUUUAGGGGAAACUUAAGAAAAUCCAGUUUAGUAAAUACUAACUUUUCAUUUAUUAUUUAAUGCCCAAACAAAACAUGAAUAUUCAGCUUUCAUAACCACUAGAACAGAACAUCAUUUCCACAAACCUAAACUUACAACUUCAAAACAGUCUGCCAAAAUUUUGUUAUGCGAGUAUUCCUUUAGCUGGAAUCUUUGUUCCAUUAACCUGAAAAAUCAAAGGAGAGAAAUGGAUGACAACACAUCAGUGGCAAAUUCUUCAGUGAUUAUUCCCAUUAAGUAGAAGCAGCUAUCAUGGAAAAUUACUAAUACAGGAAAGAAUGAAGUUCUCAGUGUAUUUAUUUUUACCCCUUUAUUAAAUACUGGCUCAAACAACUUAGAUUUAAUAAAGCAUAUUUCUCUACAUUUAAAAAAAUUAUGUUAGAGGUCCUUCUACUAGAAUCUACUGUUUCAUUAUAGAUAGAUUCAGGCUGUCCUAGAAUCAACUGAAAUGUAGGAAGUAAAUGUUACAGUUUGAGAUGUGCACUGCUGAAAUCUACCUAGAAACAGUAAACUACAGGAAAUUUUCAUCCAUCAGUAUCAAAUAUUACAUUAAUGCUUGAAUGCAAAACACCACUAAAAAGCAACCUGUUGCAAUAUAUAUUUUGUGAUAAAUGCGCAGUAAACUAAAACCAAAAAAAAAGUUUAGUCCGAUAAAAGGCAUACAUAUUUCACUUUUAUAAAUGACUUGAGUGCACUGCAUGCAUAUGCUUAUACACUGCUUCAUUAUAUGGUGAACACUGAAUUAAUUUUUUUCCCUACCCCGAUUCUUUAAAGAAAUUAAGGACAUCCACUUGGGUCAAGCAAUUAUUCUAACAAAAGUAUUCUAGAUGCUGACAGAAGUGUUAGUACAUUUAACCAUAAUGUAAAAUCCCUUUCCCAAAUGUAUAUUUAGGGUACAAUGAGACUUUUGUUUUUCUACUGUAAAAUGUACUAUUCAGACACAUGGUUGUCUUAUGUACAUUUGCAUAUCAGAAAGUUAAAUCAUUACUUUCAGACAGUAUGUGUUCCUGAAAGCAUUUUAUUCCUUUUCUAUAGUCUUCCAUCAAGACUUGUAAGCAUUAUACAUAACACCUUUUUUUAAAAAAAAAACAUUGAAAUUUAUAACAGGUUACUCAAGAGUUCUUUCAAAAGGAUUUGAACAGGAGUUGCUACAGUUAUAAAGGUGGUUAGGAAAUUGUUCCAAUGUCACAAUUUAAAAACACAGCUACUGUACUUGGUGAUUUGCACUGUAAGUCAUUAAAGCCUAUUUUAUUAAAAAAAAAAAAAAAUGGCUUUACAAACAGAUUUGUCUUGUAGGCAGCACUGGAUUGGAAACACUAAACCCUUAGCUUAAUAUUGAUUGUUUUGAAUGUUCUCUAAAAUUGAAGAUGAAAUUCUACAUCUUAAAGUGAUAAAAUCUAUGCAGUUUGAACCUUAUGAAUGGAGUAUGCAAAUAAACAGUAAAACAAA